GGCACCGCCGCCGCGCGCGCGAUGAUGGCGGCGGCCGUGGCCCGGGGAGGAGGAGGAGGCGGCGGCGGCGGCGGCAGCAGCAGCAGCAGCAGCAGCAGCAGCUCUGGCUCCGGCUCCGGCGCUUCACGGGGCUUCUAUUUCAAUACGGUCCUAUCAUUGGCCCGCUCCCUGGCGGUGCAGAGACCGGCAUCGUUGGAGAAGGUCCAAAAGCUGCUUUGUAUGUGCCCAGUAGAUUUCCAUGGGAUCUUCCAAUUGGAUGAACGACGGAGAGAUGCAGUGAUUGCAUUGGGCAUUUUUCUCGUUGAAUCUGAUCUUCAGCAUAAAGAUUCCGUGGUUCCUUACCUUCUCCGACUGCUUAAAGGUCUUCCGAAAGUGUAUUGGGUAGAAGAAAGCACAGCUCGGAAAGGCAGAGCCACCCUCCCGGUUGCAGAGAGUUUCAGCUUCUGCUUGGUCACUUUGCUGUCUGAUGUGGCUUAUAGGGACCCCUCACUUCGGGAUGAGAUUUUAGAGGCACUUUUGCAGGUUUUGCAUGUUCUUUUGGGAAUGUGCCAGGCCUUGGAGAUUCAAGAAAAAGAAUACCUUUGCAAAUACGCGAUCCCAUGCCUGAUAGGAAUCUCACGAGCAUUUGGGCGUUACAGCAACACGGAAGAGUCUCUCCUGUCAAAACUGUUCCCCAAAGUCCCUCCUCAUUCCCUCCGAGUCCCUGAGGAGCUUGAAGGCGUGCGGAGGCGAUCUUUCAAUGACUUCCGUUCCAUCCUCCCCAGCAAUCUGCUGACAGUGUGUCAGGAGGGCACCCUGAAGAGGAAGACCAGCAGCGUGUCCAGCAUCUCUCAGGUCAGCCCUGAACGUGGGAUGCCCCCUCCCAGCUCCCCUGGAGGAUCUGCUUUUCACUACUUUGAAGUGUCUUGCUUACCUGAUGGGAGUGCCCUGGAGCCCGAUCACUACUUCUCCACCAUCAGUUCCAGCUUUUCAGUUUCUCCUCUUUUCAAUGGCAUCACCUAUAAGGAAUUCAGUAUUCCACUAGAAAUGCUUCGAGAACUCUUAAACUUGGUGAAGAAGAUUGUCGAGGAGCCUGUUCUCAAGUCCUUGGAUGCAGUUGUAGCCAGCGUGAUAGAGGUACACCUCCCAACCUCCUUUGUGAAGGAGAUCCAUGAUUUUGUGCUGGAGCAGUUCAACACGAGCCAGGGGGAGCUUCAGAAGAUUCUGCAUGAUGCAGACCGGAUCCACAAUGAGCUGAGCCCCCUCAAGCUGCGUUGCCAGGCAAAUGCUGCCUGUGUGGACCUCAUGGUCUGGGCUGUGAAGGAUGAGCAAGGUGCAGAAAAUCUUUGCAUUAAGCUGUCUGAGAAGCUGCAGUCUAAGACAUCCAGCAAAGUCAUCAUUGCCCAUUUGCCCUUGCUUAUCUGCUGUCUGCAGGGUCUGGGCCGCCUGUGUGAGAGGUUCCCGGUGGUGGUACAUUCGGUGACGCCAUCUCUGCGGGACUUCCUGGUUGUUCCAUCCCCCGUGCUGGUGAAGCUCUAUAAGUGCCACAGUCAAUACCACACAGUUGCUGGUAAUGAUAUAAAAAUCAGUGUAACCAACGAGCAUUCUGAGUCAACCCUGAAUGUCAUGCCGGGAAAGAAGAGCCAACCCUCCAUGUAUGAGCAGCUUCGGGACAUUGCCAUUGACAACAUCUGCAGGUGCCUGAAAGCUGGCUUGACUGUGGACCCAGUGAUCGUGGAGGCCUUCCUGGCCAGCCUCUCCAACCGGCUCUACAUCUCCCAGGAGAGUGACAAAGACGCUCACUUGAUUCCUGACCACACCAUCCGAGCCUUGGGACACAUCGCAGUGGCCCUGAGGGACACUCCAAAGGUCAUGGAACCGAUUCUGCAGAUCCUGCAACAGAAAUUCUGCCAGCCCCCUUCCCCCCUUGACGUUCUCAUCAUCGACCAGCUAGGCUGCCUGGUUAUCACCGGAAACCAAUACAUUUAUCAGGAAGUGUGGAAUCUCUUCCAGCAGAUUAGUGUGAAGGCCAGCUCUGUCGUGUACUCAGCUACUAAAGAUUACAAGGAUCAUGGCUAUAGGCACUGCUCCCUGGCAGUGAUCAAUGCCCUGGCCAACAUUGCAGCCAACAUCCAGGACGAGCACCUUGUGGACGAGCUGCUCAUGAACCUGCUGGAGCUGUUUGUGCAGCUGGGGCUGGAGGGAAAGCGCGCCAGUGAGCGGGCCAGCGAGAAGGGGCCCGCCCUGAAGGCUUCUAGCAGUGCGGGGAACUUGGGUGUACUCAUUCCUGUAAUCGCUGUGCUCACCCGAAGGUUGCCUCCCAUCAAAGAAGCCAAACCUCGGUUGCAGAAGCUCUUCCGGGACUUCUGGCUCUAUUCUGUGCUGAUGGGAUUCGCAGUGGAGGGGUCAGGACUUUGGCCAGAAGAAUGGUACGAAGGGGUCUGUGAAAUAGCCACCAAGUCACCCCUGCUCACGUUUCCCAGCAAAGAACCACUGCGUUCCGUCCUCCAGUAUAACUCGGCCAUGAAAAACGACACAGUCACCCCUGCUGAACUGAGUGAGCUCCGCAGCACCAUCAUCAACCUGCUGGACCCUGCCCCCGAAGUGUCCGCCCUCAUCAACAAGCUGGACUUUGCCAUGUCCACCUAUCUCCUGUCUGUUUAUCGGCUGGAAUAUAUGAGGGUACUACGUUCAACAGAUCCUGACCGCUUCCAGGUAAUGUUCUGCUACUUUGAAGAUAAAGCUAUUCAGAAAGACAAAUCUGGGAUGAUGCAGUGUGUGAUUGCCGUCGCAGACAAAGUAUUUGAUGCCUUCCUAAACAUGAUGGCAGAUAAAGCUAAGACCAAGGAAAAUGAGGAAGAGCUGGAGCGGCAUGCGCAGUUUCUCCUGGUGAACUUCAACCACAUUCACAAGAGGAUACGGAGGGUGGCAGACAAGUAUCUGUCUGGUCUAGUGGAUAAGUUUCCCCACUUGCUCUGGAGCGGGACAGUGCUGAAGACCAUGCUGGACAUCCUCCAGACCCUGUCACUGUCAUUGAGCGCUGACAUUCACAAGGACCAGCCUUACUACGACAUUCCUGAUGCCCCCUAUCGGAUCACCGUUCCAGACACCUGUGAAGCCCGAGAGAGCAUCGUGAAGGACUUCGCGGCGCGCUGUGGAAUGAUCCUACAGGAGGCAAUGAAGUGGGCACCUACGGUCACCAAGUCCCACUUACAGGAAUAUCUGAACAAACAUCAGAACUGGGUAUCAGGACUGUCCCAGCACACGGGGCUGGCCAUGGCCACCGAAAGCAUCCUUCACUUUGCCGGCUACAACAAGCAGAACACCACUCUCGGGGCAACUCAGCUAACAGAGCGCCCGGCCUGUGUGAAGAAAGAUUAUUCCAAUUUCAUGGCAUCCCUGAAUCUACGCAACCGCUAUGCGGGCGAGGUGUAUGGAAUGAUUCGGUUCUCAGAUGCCACUGGCCAGAUAUCUGACCUGAACAAAAUGAUGGUCCAGGAGCUGAAUACAGCAUUAGAUCUCAGUAAUCCCCAGCACUACACACAGGCCAUGUUCAAGCUGACAGCAAUGCUCAUCAGCAGCAAAGAUUGUGACCCACAGCUCCUCCAUCAUCUGUGUUGGGGUCCCCUCCGGAUGUUCAACGAGCAUGGCAUGGAGACUGCCCUGGCCUGCUGGGAGUGGCUACUGGCUGGCAAGAACGGAGUGGAAGUGCCGUUUAUGCGGGAGAUGGCAGGAGCCUGGCAGAUGACAGUGGAGCAGAAGUUCGGCCUGUUUUCCGCGGAGAUAAAGGAAGCAGACCCCCUGGCAGCAUCGGAAGCCAGUCAACCCAAACCGUGUGCCCCCGAAGUGACCCCCCACUACAUUUGGAUUGACUUCCUGGUGCAGCGGUUCGAGAUCGCCAAGUACUGCAGCUCCGACCAAGUGGAGAUCUUCUCCAGCCUGCUGCAGCGCUCCAUGUCCCUGAACAUCGGUGGGGCCAAGGGGAGCAUGAACCGUCACGUGGCAGCCAUCGGGCCUCGCUUCAAACUGCUGACUCUGGGGCUGGCCCUUCUGCACGCCGAUGUGGUCCCAAACGCGACCAUUCGCAACGUGCUUCGUGAGAAGAUCUACUCAACCGCCUUUGACUACUUCAGUUGCCCCCCAAAGUUCCCCACUCAAGGAGAAAAGAGGCUACGUGAAGACAUAAGCAUUAUGAUUAAAUUUUGGACAGCCAUGUUCUCUGAUAAGAAGUACCUGACUGCCAGCCAGCUUGUUCCCCCAGAUAACCAAGACACCCGGAGCAAUCUGGACAUAGCAGUUGGCUCUCGGCAACAGGCCACUCAAGGCUGGAUCAACACCUACCCCCUGUCCAGUGGCAUGUCCACCAUCUCAAAGAAGUCAGGCAUGUCCAAGAAGACUAACCGGGGCUCCCAGCUGCACAAGUACUACAUGAAGCGCAGGACGCUGCUGCUGUCCCUGCUGGCCACUGAGAUUGAGCGUCUCAUCACAUGGUACAACCCACUGUCGGCCCCGGAGUUGGAGCUGGACCAGGCCGGAGAGAACAGCGUGGCCAACUGGAGGUCCAAAUAUAUCAGCCUGAGCGAGAAGCAGUGGAAAGACAAUGUUAACCUUGCCUGGAGCAUCUCUCCUUACCUGGCCGUGCAGCUGCCAGCCAGGUUUAAGAACACAGAAGCCAUCGGCAACGAAGUGACCCGUCUCGUUCGGUUGGACCCAGGAGCCGUUAGUGACAUUCCCGAAGCUAUCAAGUUUCUGGUCACCUGGCACACCAUCGAUGCCGACGCCCCUGAGCUCAGCCAUGUGCUGUGCUGGGCACCCGCAGACCCACCCACAGGCCUCUCCUACUUCUCCAGCAUGUACCCACCGCACCCUCUCACGGCCCAGUACGGGGUGAAAGUCCUGCGGUCCUUCCCUCCGGAUGCUAUCCUAUUCUACAUCCCCCAGAUUGUGCAGGCCCUCAGGUAUGACAAGAUGGGCUACGUACGGGAGUAUAUUCUGUGGGCAGCGUCCAAAUCCCAGCUUCUGGCACACCAGUUUAUCUGGAACAUGAAAACUAACAUCUAUCUGGAUGAAGAAGGGCACCAGAAGGACCCUGACAUCGGCGACCUCCUGGAGCAGUUAGUGGAGGAGAUCACAGGCUCCUUGUCAGGCCCAGCCAAGGACUUCUACCAGCGGGAAUUUGAUUUCUUUAACAAGAUCACCAAUGUGUCUGCUAUCAUCAAGCCCUACCCUAAAGGCGACGAGAGAAAGAAGGCAUGCCUGUCGGCUCUGUCUGAAGUAAAAGUGCAGCCUGGCUGCUACCUGCCCAGCAACCCCGAGGCCAUCGUAUUGGACAUCGACUACAAGUCCGGGACACCCAUGCAGAGUGCUGCAAAAGCCCCGUAUCUGGCUAAGUUUAAGGUGAAACGAUGUGGUGUUAGUGAACUCGAAAAAGAAGGUCUUCGGUGCCGCUCAGACUCUGAGGACGAGUGUGGCACACAGGAGGCUGAUGGCCAAAAGAUCUCAUGGCAGGCGGCCAUCUUCAAAGUGGGAGAUGACUGCCGACAGGAUAUGCUGGCCCUGCAGAUUAUUGACCUUUUCAAGAAUAUCUUCCAGCUGGUUGGCCUGGACCUCUUUGUCUUCCCAUACCGGGUGGUGGCCACCGCCCCUGGGUGCGGAGUGAUUGAGUGCAUCCCCGACUGUACCUCUCGGGACCAGCUGGGCCGCCAGACGGACUUCGGCAUGUAUGAUUACUUCACGCGCCAAUAUGGGGACGAGUCCACCCUGGCCUUCCAGCAGGCUCGCUACAACUUUAUCCGGAGCAUGGCUGCCUACAGCCUCCUGCUGUUCCUGCUGCAGAUCAAGGACAGGCACAACGGCAACAUCAUGCUGGACAAGAAGGGCCACAUCAUCCACAUCGACUUUGGCUUCAUGUUUGAAAGCUCACCGGGUGGCAACCUUGGCUGGGAACCAGACAUCAAGCUGACUGAUGAGAUGGUGAUGAUCAUGGGGGGCAAGAUGGAGGCCACACCCUUCAAAUGGUUCAUGGAGAUGUGUGUCCGUGGCUACCUGGCCGUGCGGCCCUACAUGGAUGCAGUUGUCUCUCUCGUCACUCUCAUGUUGGACACGGGCCUGCCUUGCUUCCGUGGCCAGACAAUCAAGCUCUUGAAGCACAGGUUCAGCCCCAACAUGACCGAGAGAGAGGCUGCAAACUUCAUCAUGAAGGUCAUUCAGAGCUGCUUCCUCAGUAACAGGAGCCGGACCUACGACAUGAUCCAGUACUAUCAGAACGACAUCCCCUACUGA